AGAAAAUCUGCUGAAAUCCCGGCGCCAUGGGCGAGACGGAACUGAUCUCCAUCGGCCAGGAAUUGAUUCGAAAGCUGAAAGACCCCGAGGCGGACCCUGCAGAGCUACUCGAGGCUGCCACGGAGAUCGUAGCGAAGAAAGAGGCCGCGGGGAUUUUGGCGGCCAGGGAUGAACGAGGACGUUCGCCGCUGCACGUGGCGGCGAGCCGCGGGGACCUGCGGAUCUGCCGACAGAUGAUGGAGGCAGAUCCUUCGCUGGUGAACCAGUUGGAUCAUCAGAAGAAUACGCCGGUGAUGGACGCGGCAUUCUUGGGUCGGUGUUUGAUCGUCAAAGAGUUGGUGGAGCAUGCCGCAGAUGUCACACGGAAGAACGCUGAUCUGAUGAAUGCCUUGCAACUGGCCUGUGUCAACGAAGGCGCAGGUAAUGGAGACGUGAUCAGCACUCUGAUUGAGGCCGCCGCGGAUGUCUCUGCCAUGUGUUGGCAGACAACUCCGCUGAUGGCUGCUGCGGACAGCGGCCACAUCUGGGCUGUUCACACACUGAUCGACAUGGGCGCGGACUGUUGGCAGAUGAAUGGCUCGGGCUUUACGGCGCUGGACUAUGCCAGGGAUAUGGAAACCGCGCAGUUCUUGUACAAUCUCAUGGAAGGCGACAAGUUGUCCAACAAAGCCGCGCCCCGCAUCGAUACGGCCCGGCUCUUCAAAGACGCGGAAGCGCGACGUGCCAAGCUGCACAAAGCAGCGCGGGAGUUGUCCCUCGAAGAAGCCUUUCACGUCUUGGAGGCGCCUCUGGAGUGGCUGCCCGCCUUUCGCGACAGCGGGGAGCACUUCAAUGAGCUUCGGAAGGCAUGGCGUCGGAAGUGCCUCAAGUGCCAUCCGGACAAGCAGCCCGAAGGCCUUGACGAGGAGGCUGCAGCGGAGUGGACGGCCCAGUUCCAAGCAGCCGUGGGUGCCUUCGAAGCCAUCGACCGGCACCGGCAAGCGCUGGAGCCGGAGAACGACACCGCGGAGCCCGAAGCGGCGUGAAGAGCGGCCGC